CCUAACCAAUCAGAAGCGUCCUCAGUGAGACGCUGCAUCUGUACCAAGUUGAAGAGCGGAGCAUCCUCUGCCGAAAGACAUCUCGUUGAGAUAUAAUGGGCCGCAGAAAGUCAAAAAGAAAGCCACCUCCCAAGAAGAAAAUGACAGGUAACCUGGACACCCAGUUCACUUGCCCUUUUUGCAAUCACGAGAAAUCCUGCGAUGUCAAAAUGGAACGAACCCGCAACACUGGAAUUAUAUCCUGCAGCGUUUGCUUGGAGGAGUUUCAGACUCCCAUAACAUAUCUGUCCGAGCCGGUGGACGUCUACAGUGACUGGAUCGAUGCCUGUGAAGCAGCCAACCAGUAGUGUUCCUAACUGACCUUCUAACCUCAAUUUCUGCUUCUUGAAGUAAUUCCUGUUGAGCUAGCACAAUGUAGCAAACAUUUUGUUUUUCUCUUGAGUCACCUGGUGUUCUUAGUUCCUUUUAGGUUUGUUUUUUUCUUGCUGAUUAUGACACAUUACUCUGGCUGGGCCAGAGUGUGGCCAUGUUCUUCUGACAGUAACAUGUAGCUAUAAAAAGAUCAAUGUAAAUGUUUUCAUAUCUUAUGUUGGUGAACUAUUGUAGGACUUAACCUUCCCUUCUUUCGGACCAAAUUGUUAUAUAAUAGUUUAAAAUAUAACCUAUGAAAUAUAUAUAUCUCUUCUCUUAGAUCAUUUCAAAGAUUUAUUUAGCAUCUAGAUGUUGACAUAUUUAGAUUCUGGUGACACAAUCAGAAUAACUUUUGUCACAUGUAGAUUUUCUUUAUUUUUUCCCCAACUGUGUCACUAUUGCACUGAAAACAUUUUUUUCCUUUUGGACCAAUUUAUAUUUUUACUGCUAGAUUUUCCUUAAAAAACAAACAAACAGACAAAAACAAAAUCACUUCAUGUAUCUCUCGUACACUACUUUGAUGUAUUUGUGUACUUCAAGUUGCUGACAGUAGUAAGAAAAUAAAGUCACGAAAAUGC